AUGAGUGCAAACUCGGCAAUGUUGUCGCGAUUUUUCACGCCACGAAAACUUGCUUUCUAUUUCUUCUUCUGGGGGUUUCAUUUUAUGUUAUUCGCCAUAGGAUGGUGGAAGCAACAAGCGGAUGCUCGCCUAGCUCCACUUAAUGCCCUUCAGUACUCAGUAUGGCUGUCUCGAGGUGCUGGUUUAGUCUUGUCGGUCGACACAAUGAUCAUCAUUUUGCCCAUGUCCAGAAACCUCCUCCGGUGGCUUCGACCGAAGGCCAGAUGGCUACCUCUCGACGAGUCGCAAUGGUUCCAUCGACAAGUGGCCUACGCUAUGCUCUUCUUCACAGUAAUCCAUACCUCAGCACAUUACGUCAACUUUUACAAUGUCGAGCGUACCCAAGUACGACCUCAAAUUGCCCUUCAGAUUCAUUACACCGAGGCUGGCGGCAUAACCGGACAUAUCAUGUUACUGUGUAUGCUCUUGAUUUACACCACUGCGCAUCACAGGAUUCGACAGCAAUCGUUCGAGACUUUCUGGUAUACACAUCACUUGUUCAUUCCGUUUUUGCUCGGAAUGUACACACAUGCAACGAGCUGCUUUGUACGCGAUACAGCUCCAGCCUUUUCUCCAUUCGAUAAGAAGAAUUUCUGGAACCACUGCCUUGGCUACGAGGGCUGGCGAUGGGAGCUUGUUGGCGGUGGUAUCUAUCUGUGUGACCGACUAUACAGAGAAAUCCGUAGCAGGCGCCAAACCCAGAUUGUCAAGGUCGUUCGUCAUCCAUAUGACGCUGUCGAAAUCCAGUUCACAAAAGCAAGCAUGAAGUACAAACCUGGACAAUGGCUAUUCCUCAACUGCCCAGAAGUCAGCUACCACCAGUGGCAUCCAUUUACCAUUACAUCUUGCCCACAUGACCCCUAUGUCUCAGUCCACGUUCGACAGGUCGGCGACUUCACGCGCGCCCUUGCCGACGCGCUCGGAGCCGGACCGUCCCAGUCUAAGUAUUACGACGAGCUCGACCCUUCGGGCAUGUACGAAAUCGCCUUGGAACACGGACAAGAAAUGCCAGCCUUGAAAAUCGACGGGCCCUACGGAGCGCCAGCCGAAGAUGUCUUUGAAAACGAAGUCGCAGUCCUCAUCGGUACUGGUAUUGGCGUUACACCAUGGGCAUCUAUCCUCAAGUCAAUCUACCAUCAGCGUCUCAGCCCCAACCCACCUAAGCGUCUUCGUCGCGUGGAGUUCAUCUGGAUCUGCAGAGACACAAACUCUUUUGAAUGGUUCCAAUCAUUACUGUCCUCACUCGAAGCACAGUCCUUGGGCGGAGCAGAUGGAAGCGAGUUCUUGCGCAUACAUACAUAUCUUACGCAGAGAAUGGACGCCAAUACCGCGCAGAACAUUGUUCUGAACUCCGUUGGCAUGGACAAAGACCCGCUCACAGAACUGAAGUCCAGAACCAACUUCGGGCGUCCAGAUUUCCAGCGCCUGCUUGGUGGGAUGCGUGAUGGCAUCCUGGAUCGCUCGUACAUGAACGGUCUAGAGGGAGGCCUUAAGACCGAGGUCGGUGUGUACUUUUGUGGUCCUAAUGUGGCUGCGAGAGAUAUCAAGAAAGCAUGUAAGAUGGCGACGUGUCGAGAGGUGGACUUCAAGUUUUGGAAAGAACACUUCUAG